AUGGCUAGAACGGGAAGCUAUGCAUUAGGGCUACUAUUCGCCCUCUUCAUUGCCCUUGCAAAUUCAUAUUCAGUGCCGGAUGGCAACAUUCAGAACCUUCUCAAAAUCCCAGCUUCUUCAUCUAAAGAACUCUUCAUUGGUGAUGCCACUGCAGAUAACAGUAACAACAACAAACCCUUCACUCCGGGGCAUCGCGACCCCUAUGAUCGCAAGGUAGACUCGGUCGGGGAAGGCCUCCAACCGCUACCAUUCCGCAACGGUGAUGGAACUACGAUAUUGGGCCCACGGAACAAGGAUCGUGAGAGGCAGAAUCCAGAUCUUGUGCGGCCACCGAGCACUGACCAUGGCACUGUCGCGAAUAUGAAGUGGAGUUUUGCGGACUCACAUAUGCGAAUUGAGGAAGGUGGAUGGACACGGCAAACAACUCUUCGUGAAUUGCCGAGCAGUAAAGAGCUAGCUGGUGUCAAUAUGCGUCUCGAUGAAGGCGUCAUCCGAGAACUGCAUUGGCACAAUGAAGCUGAGUGGGCGUACAUGCUUGCUGGAAAAGCUCGCGUGACAGGACUGGACCUAGAGGGAGGCAGCUUCAUUGACGAUGUGGAAGAGGGCGAUCUCUGGUACUGGCCUGCCGGCCAUCCUCAUUCGAUUCAGGGAUUGUCUCCGAAUGGAACCGAGUUCUUGCUUAUUUUCGAUGAUGGCAAUUUCUCAGAGGAGUCGACAUUUUUAGUCACGGAUUGGUUGGCACACACUCCAAAAUCAGUGCUUGCUGAAAAUUUCCGGAUACCUCCCAAGACAUUUGAGUCCAUUCCAAAUAGCGAAAAGUACAUCUUCCAAGGCAGCAUGCCACGAUCUAUCGACCGGGAGAAGCCUACCAGGUUCAAAAAGUCGAAGAACCGAUUUACUCACAAGAUGCUCGCCCAAGAGCCAGAAUCAACAUCCGGCGGUGAGGUCCGCAUCACCGAUUCCAACAAUUUCCCCAUCUCAAAGAGAGUUGCUGCUGCACAUCUCAAGAUUGAUCCCGGUGCCAUUCGGGAAAUGCAUUGGCAUCCAAAUGCAGAUGAAUGGUCUUAUUUCAAGAAGGGGCGCGCCAGAGUUACUGUCUUUGCUGCAGAAGGUAACGCACGCACUUUUGACUAUGUGGCCGGGGAUGUGUGUAUUGUGCCCAAAAAUAUGGGUCAUUUUAUUGAAAAUCUGAGCGAUGAGGAGCCAAUUGAAAUGUUGGAGAUUUUCCGAGCGGAUGAGUUCCAGGACUUCUCCCUGUUCCAGUGGCUGGGAGAGACGCCGCAGCGCAUGGUUGCCGACCAUGUAUUUGCGCAGGACAAGAAGGCUGCGGAUGAAUUUCUCAGGCAGAUCGAGAGUGCAAACAAAGAUCCGAUUAAGAAGAAAUACUACGAAUACUAG